CUCCUGUUGACAAAGUCAGACGUCCCCAAACGCGGACUACGUGAACGUGGGUUGUUUAUAAUCAACGAUGGUACGGUUAAAUAGAAGCCGUUAGCGAAUUCCCUUUAGUCAUCUACUACGCGCGUACUGACAACGUGACCAUGAGCUGGGGAUACAGUGAAGCCGACGGACCUUUAAACUGGGUCCUGUACUACGAGGCCGCCGCCGGACCACACCAGUCGCCUAUUGAUAUUAAAACUGCAACGACUGAAUACGACCCGCAACUCGGCUACCAUCCCCUGAGAAUUGAGCACACUCGGCAAUACGAUCUGGAAGUCGAGAACAAUGGACGCUCUUUCCAAGCAGAUGUGGACGAGUCCUCUACUAUAAGUGGUGGCCCGCUUGGUGACGCGAAAUAUCAUCUGAAACAGUUCCAUUUCCACUGGGGAAGCAGCGACCUGAAGGGCUCGGAGCAUAAAGUGGACGGCAAACAAUAUUCUGCAGAGCUACAUUUUGUUCACUGGAAUGCUACAAAAUACUCCACCUUUGACGAUGCCGCAGACAAAGAGGACGGUCUAGCUGUGCUUGGAGUUUUCAUAAAGGUUGGCCAAGAAAAUGAAGAAUUUAAGAAACUGACGGAUGUGAUGCAUGAGGUCCACAACCCGCACACGACGACCCACGUCAAGACCAUGUUCGACUCCCGCUAUUUGCUCCCACGUAAUGUUGACAAGUACUGGACAUACCCUGGGUCCCUGACCACGCCCCCCUGCUAUGAAAGUGUCACGUGGAUCCUCCUGGAGGAGGCUAUCUGCUUAUCCCAUACCCAGUUGAUGCAUCUCAGACACCUCAUUGGUGGAUACCAUGGUGACAGCCAUGGCGGUUACCACGAAGAUAAUCUUGUAAACAAUGUCCGGACCAUUAACCCUUUAGGAGACAGGGUUGUCAAGGCGUCAUUCCCGACCAAGACGUGAAUGUGAAAGGCAUCGAAAAGUUAUAUGCAUUAUAUAUGGAGAUGCGUGUACAUUCUUCUUCACUCAAAAUUCAGGGAUAUGUUGUAUAGUCUUUAUUUUAUCUGUUUAUGGCCUUUGCAAUCUCAUUAAAAUUAGAUCAUAGUUCUAGCUACGCUAAACUAAGAUCUGAAGACAUCCAAUUACAGAUCCGUCAGAACGACCUUUCAUCCGACCAAUCAGAGUGUUGCUUACCAGAUGAGGAAAUGUGUUUUCUAAUCAUACAACAUCUAAACAUGUAACAGGUGAUAUUCCGAACGACAGUUCAGGCUUUACGACUGAAUCCAUACAAUCUAGGCCAUCUAUAGCCAUUCCAGAAUGUUUGUGUGUUCAUGUUUCAAAUUUUUA